CAACCUUACAGUAACACUUAUUGCACUAUACCAGUGCAGGAGGCCUAUUACUGUGUCAGUCAAUCAGAGCUUCUUGAUUAUUACCCACUGCCUAAAUAUUUAGUUUGUGGCAUGUCUUUGGUAACUCUUCACCACUCUGUCCCAAAAUUUUAGAUUCCUUUCCUACAUGUCAAUCCAUAACGAGAUAAAGGCUAUUGUCCUCAGGGCUUUGCCCAGUCUGACUGUGGAGAUUCGAGAACAUGUCAUCACUUCACUUGAACGGUCAGGUGUGGAAUCAAUAGAAGACCUCAUAUAUGUACAACAGGAAGAUCUCAAAGAUUUCCUGCCUGUUAUACAGCAAAGAAAACUUUUGAAGCCAUUCGAACUUGAAACUACACAAGUCACACUUGAUCUCCAAAAAUUGCCAGAUGAGUCAACAGAUACAAGUAUGUCUUCACUCUCCAGUCCACAGCCCUGCACAUCUUCAAGCUUAAGCUCAAGCUCUUCACGCGCAUCAACACCUUGUACUUUAAGCAAGUAAAAAGCCAAUCACCCAACAUAUCCAGUAAGUGGUAUGAAAAUUGAGAUUCCUUGGGAUAAAAUGCCUGUGGAAGUCCAGUCAGCUAUUGCCAACGGCAAGCGUCCUGCUCCUGACAAGCGGCGCCAGAUGAUACAUAUCCUAGCUGAUGAAAUCAGGAAAUGUGAGAGUAACCCCACACGCAAUGAAAGUCUCAUCAUCUGCCGCAACAUUGUUAAGCAUUUCCCCAACAGUUUUGCAGAUUUGACACCAAGUGGUGUCAUCAUUGGUAGUACUUCAUUGCUUUGUAAAUUAAAAACAAGAAUUGAGAACAUGAACCGUUCAGGGACAAUGAAGAGACUCCGAACUUCAUAAGUGCCUGGAGAACUGCAUCAGAGGCCAAGUGAUUCUUAUGGAUGCACACAAUAUAACCCUGAACUGCCACCAGAAGAAACAUAUGAAACCCUGGAGCAGAAGAGCGUAAACAUAUAAAUCAGACUCCAUCACCUUCCAUCGAAGAUAUGAGAAUCCAGUGGCCUUACCUUUUUACCCAAAGAGGUAUCUUUAAUCACUUCGAGUUACUAACUGACAUUAACGUGUUAUGGGCCUUGGACCUAUCCAUUAAAGAAUGUGGACAGAGAAUCAGGAAGUACCUGCAGACCAAAUCAAAAAGCAAAGAUGUGCAGUCUGGCGUCUCCCAGAAUCUAAUACAGCAGCUGAUGGCCUACUUUGAUGAAGGAAUAGAGGGACUGAUACUCCGUGCUGACAUAUCUGCCACGGCAGCAGAUGUUAAGCGCACCCUGACCCUCCCCACCUCUCCACGACUGAUACUGUUGUUUGCCGGUGAUGAAGCCACAAUUGGAGGAUGGAUGAUCACCAUCAAAAAUCAUGUAAUCUGUGAAGGUGUCGACCAAAGCUUCAUCACAGGGCUAGCUGCUGUUUUUUCCACUUACUACGUCUUUAAUCUACAGUACCAAGAGGAAGCUUCAAGGACCCUGGAGUUUGUACAAAGGCACUUCAUUGGUUUGAAUCCUGAGAGAGGGACAAAGGCCAGCCAGGUGAAGGUGAUCUCCAAAAAGACUGGAAAACUUGUCCAUAAAAAGACAGCCACUGUAAAUGUCCUUUGAGUGGGGCUUUGUUCAGUAAUACGAAGUCAGUACAGCACAUGUUCAACAUCCUGUUUUGGAUCUGAAGUCAUUGCUAUGGUCUGCCUAAUGGUGUUUUGAUGCAAAGUCAGUGUGGUGGUCUGCAAUAGAGUGUUCAUUUGAAGUCAGUGCAGUGUUCUGCAUUUAAGUGUUCGUGCAAAGUCUGUGGAAGUGUUGUUUAUGCAAAGUCAGUGCAGUGUUCUGCAGUUGAAUGGUUAUGUGAAAUCUGAAGUGACAGCAAUUUUUUGAAACAACAUAUUUGUUUAAAUUCAUAGGAUUUCAGUAUGCUGCUAUUUUACAUGUUGAGAACAUGUAUUUCGC